GGCGCCGCUCUGCUUUGAUUCUCUGCCGCCGCCAAUGAACAGGAGCUCUGCGAGCCGCGCGAGACCCCGCUCCAGGAAGGCUGGAGGGAGGAGGUGUGAGGAACACUGCAAAACAGAAGAGAAAGCAGAUGAUGUGGCCCCUCGCGGCAGCUGCACCACCAUGUGUCCCAUUUCAGAGGUGCGGCAGAGGGAAGCGCAGAACCGGCUGCACCGCUUCGAGAUCCUGGCCGGCACGGAGCGAGAGCGCCUGCCCCGUGCAGACGACGGCCGUGUAGUCAAGGAAUACAGCCGUCCAGCAGCCGGGAAGGAUACCACAAGAGCCAGUGAGCUGCGGCCGCCGGACGUGCUGCUGAAGACUGUGUGCUAUUUGGUGGACGACAUAGCAGCCUGUCCUACACUUCAGCCCUGGACUGAGGUCUACAGCUUUGUGUUUGACCGGUUGCGCAGCGUGCGGCAGGACAUGGUUAUCCAGCGCGUUUCUGGGCCGGAGUGUGCGAGCGUGCUGGAGCGAACGGUGCGCUUCCUCCUGUACGCCUCUUACCGACUGUGUGGUCAACCUUUAAGGCUCUACGACCCGCACAUCAACGACACACACCUACAGGAGAGUCUGAGCUGGCUGCUGGAGUGCUACAGUGAGGGACAGCACCAGCUCCAGGACGAGUUCCAGGCCCUCAGCCUGCUCUACAACCUGGGUUCACCACGGGCUCUCCAGCAUGCCCUUGAGCUACCUCACAAGGUGCGGCACUCUUCACCGGUUCAGUUGGCUCUGGCAGUCAAUAGGGCCUACAUGGAACGCAACCCUGUCCGGCUCCUCCGCCUGGCCCAGAGAUUGGACUUUCUGCAGGCCUGCGCCCUCCACCGGCACCUGCUGUCCUGCAGGAGGGAUCUGCUUCUGCUCUACAGCCACGGACACAGCAGCCGAAACUGCCGUUUCCCCGUCCAGAAAUUAGCAGACAUCCUGUCUCUGGAGUGUUCCCUAGCUGCUCGGCUUUGCCAGACUCAUGGGAUACACGUUAACGGGGACUAUGUUGUCUUCUCAAAGGGUUCUUUCACAGAGAGCCCGUCUGAAGAACUGCAGUGUGCACAUAUGCACAAGCUAGUGGAUGACAAGCAGCAAGACCUUUCACUUAGCAACAUCAUUCAUGGCAUUGCUUGAACAUGGUUUAUAAUAGGGCUGCAACUAACGAUUAUUUUCACUGUCGAUUAAUCUGUUGAUUAUUUUCUCGAUUAAUCGAUUAGUUGUCUGGUCUAUAAAAUGUCAGAAAAUGGUGAAAAAUGUCGACGAGUGUUUUCCAAAGUUUGGUGUCACAGAGAAGUAAAGAAACCAGAAAAUGUUCAAAUUUAAGAAGCAGAAAUCAGAGAAUUUUUUACCUUUUUUAAAAAAAUUUACUCCAACUGAUUAAUCGAUUACCAAAAAUAGCGAUUAAUUCAAUAGUCGACAACUAAUCAAUUAAUCGAUUAAUUGUUGCAGCUCUAGUUUAUAAAGGGGUUGUUUGCCAAAGUUUAAAAUGUACUUUAUUGUUCAGGUUUUUAUGGUGGUAAACCAGGAGUGAUGUUUUAAUUCUGGGGAUGUUCUGUGCUGCUUUUAAAGCCCUGUGCUAUUGUAUUGAUCUGGGACUGUUUACUAAAGGUCACUGUUAAAUCAAUAAGGUGAUCUUUUGGCAGGAUUUCAGGUGGUACACAAACCCUUUUGCCACAUGCCUUUCAGGGAAGUUCUAUAGUUUUUUGCAGGUGAAACUGUUAAU